AUGGCCCCGCGCCUGAGAAUUUGUUUAAACUUUCAAGAAGUGCAACAAGAAAGGAGUUUACGCGAAGAAACAGGGCGGGCUCAAGCUCAGGGUAUUUUGGAAGAGUCUUCUUUUCUGACCCAAACUUCCAAAACUUUCUCGGACCCGAUGCAGGUCCCAGCCAACAUCACGCAUGUCAAUUCUUCAUUUCCAAGCCCCACGUUCAAACCUUUCUGCGAUGAGCUACACAUCCCCUCCAUCACCUUUGAGGAUUUCCUAAACGACCCGGAAAAGAUUCCACAGCUACCCGGGUACGAGGAAGAGUCAGAUCCCGAACACUCUAUACACAGUGAGGAACACCUCGAAUCGCCUCAACAGAUCUGUUCAGUUUUGUAUUCUUCAUCACCUAAAGACGCUCAAGACCUGAAGCAAGGAGCUUCUGAAGCGCAGGUCUGGCCUAAGAAAUCUUUGCAGAGCUCGUUGUCUCCAGGCGCAUGGCAUAUAUGGACACCGGCAUCCAGAUUUUUCGCAGGGGGUAUAUUAAUCUUGAAUAUGUUUUUGUGUCUUUACAUCAAGCUUCAUCUACUAAAUACGUUUGUUAAUGUCCUUGAUUACAGAUUAGCACCAAACACGAUCCCAUGGCAUCGUGAAACUCAUUUGCUGACAAGGCUAAGGCAAGGUAUGGACUCGGACGAGAUCACCUCUGUUCAGCAUACUUCCGAAAAUAUUGUCAAAUCAAUGAAAGAGCUAUGCCUCGAGAUGGACCGUCAAGCAAUUGACACACUCCCCUUACAAGAAAUUUCAAGCUUACUGCGACUUCAACCAAACUUAAGGGGUUCUUUUGAGACUUCAGUGAUCCUCUGGGAUCUUUCAGAUGCUGUCAAUUUGGUCGGUGACAAGUUGCGUCAGCUACAUGGUAAAGGGCACACCGAGAUGGGGUUGCUCACGCAAGAGUCUAAGGUGCUCUUGAACCAGCCACAUCUUCCAAGUAAAUUACAAAUUCCUCAAGAAAUGCUUGAUCAAACUUUAUACAUCUUUACUCUUCUCCAAAAUAUUGCCAACUCGAUAAUUAAGGAGAUUCGGUUGACAACAGAAGCCAAUCAGGUCGCAAAGCAAAACCUUUCCGGAAUUGAAAGGACUCUACGUGCAAGUCUCAAUUCCUGGAGCAUCUCGUAUUUCUCUGGAAGCUCGAAAUAUCGUGCAUCAGGCCUCCUCCUGAAUUCAAUCAGGUUAGCAAUAACCCACACCGGAGAAAUUGCAACAUAUCUACAGAAGGUUAGGCGUAUGAUCCAGCUCUACCACGACAACGCUCAAUCCUGGCUAGAUAUGGCUCAAAGACGAAACGAACCCUUCAGGAACUCGGUUGAUGGAAGUGCUAUGCAGUGCCUUCUCUUGUUGAAUACACUUGAUGAACACAUAUGGAACGGACAAGUAGAGAAACCCCUCUUAGGCACCACUAGGAAUCCAGUAUGA